CUUUUGCAGUUUCGAUUGGACGGAAAGUCAGGAGUUAAUCGACAUGAUGACUGUGAGGGCUCCAUUUUUCAUUAUCAUUAAUCAUCCUGUAGUAGUGCUUCAUUCUUCAUGUUUAAUCCUUUUUUCCAUCGGAAAGGAACGGAAAUUUAUCCUCUUGGUGAGUUGUCUCAGCUUUGUGACACUCGUUUCCGGAAACGCCAGUGCAGAAACUUGUCCCGAGUCGAGAAUCUUAUCCCGACAGAAAAGAUAUUUGUUAUUCCCAGAAGGCAGUAAUGUGCAGUGUGUAUUCUGCUUGACGAUCGGAUCGCUACCACGACCGAGCGAUCUUGUGCUAGGAUUGACAGCAGCUCUUGCUUGGGAAUUGCCGAAUAAAGUAGACAAGAAACUAACGAAAUUGCUGCAUCGUCAGAGCCGAAGUAUUCUCUUCCCUCGAAUCGAAGCUUUCCUCCAAUCGACUGGUCUUGAUGGGAGAUCCUGCGUGCUGCGAGCACUCUGUGAAGCCGGUCAGAAGAGCCAAGAGCUCGUUGGAAAGGGGACGUUUGUUCAAGAACUACUUCAUUCCAUCUUCAGAUUGCGAGGGGACAGUGGUAAAUUCGAAAAGUUUGAGCAUCAUGUCUACGAUUCAGCUCAUGAAAGUAGUGGCGACUGUGCUAAAGACUAUCCAACUUGUAAACACUCCAUCUACGAGCUCGACUUCUAACGCUUGAGAGGUUAGAACGUACCUCAAAUGACAGUCGUUCCAUCAACUUUUUUCUGUACCAUGAAGAAUCCAUGGAAAACUUUCCAGACGGAAACUCUUUGGACGUUCCUUAAUUGUGGUCUACGGUAGCCAUUGGGAUAAUGCACCCUUUUCUACCGGGAAUUCAGUGUCAGCGUGACGUAUUUUUGACAAUAAUUUGGUGGUAGGUGUGUCAAUGAGACUGAAAAAUUCUCCAUGGACCACUCGAGAAACUCCCACACCACUUUAUCUGGCAAGUUGCCUAUCGGAGAGGGAAUUCGGGGAUUCCCCGAGUGCUUCACAUAUCCGGUGCAUCCAGAGGGCGUUUUUCGGAGGGGGGAUUUAUGGGUAUCCAGUGUUUGUCUCAACAUUUGACAAAUCUUUAUCGUGAGAAGAAUCGGUGAAUCCGGGGAAUUUAGUACGUGUUCCUGAAGAUGUGAGGAUAAUCGCGAAAUUA